GCCUCUCGUAUCACUGAAUCAUUUUUAUUAUUUAGGCUACAUUGUGUUUUUUGUCUCUCAACAUUGAAUAAAUACGUUUUUAAAUCCCGGUGAGAACGGCUUCGGUCUUUACACUGAUUCUGAUACAUUUCCUUCUUAAUCAAGUCUAUCACACCCAAAGCAAGUUGCUUUAUCAUCCAUGUUUGUAUUUCUGUAUUUCAUUCAUUCUGUAUUUUAAUGCAAGUCAGUAGGCUAACAGGUCUGGUCUAAUAGCCACCUACAGGACUUUUAUGUGAUUUCUUUAAGUUACUUUUUACAAACCGGAAGUGGAAUCUUGGCGGUUGCUCCUGUUUUCACUAGAGUGGUCUCUCCGGCUGUGAGAUGAGUGUUUUUCCUCGCAUUGUAAAACAUCAGGCUAUGUCUGUUCUGUACCCACUGUAAUAAUGAAUUCCCUAACUAGUGAAAUUCAGGGAUUUUCUAAAUCGCAUCUGAAGAAACAGUCCACGCGGGUGACAACAGUCACCGGAAGACAAUUAAUAGAAACUCGGAGCGGCACUUCAGUCCUUCUGGCAGAAUGCUCCACGGAGCACAGCACAGCCUGCGGGUUUGUCCAGGAUUUGAGUUUGGACCUACAAGUUGGUCUUAUCAAACCAUUUAUUUUAAUCUCUUCCCAAGAUGCUGCUCAAGAUAUUGACACAUUGAGGAAAUACAAGGUGACACACAUACUGAAUGUAGCGUACGGGGUGGAGAACGCCUUCCCUGACCUGUUCCACUAUAAAACAGUGACUGUGCUCGACGUCCCGGAGACUGACAUCACAUCCUGCUUCCAAGAGUGCUUUGCCUUCAUAGACCAAGCCAGAGAUCAGGGAAGUGUGGUGUUACUCCAUUGCAAUGCUGGGGUGUCCCGCUCAGCCUCCGUGGCGAUAGCGUACCUGAUGUCCCGGGACGCGCUCUCCUUCCAGGAGGCCUUCGAUGCCGUGAAAGCCGUCCGUCCGUCCAUCCGCCCCAACCCUGGCUUCCUCACGCAGCUGAAGACCUACACACCCUGAGUUACAACCCCCCCCCCCCCCCCACACACACACACACACACACACACACACCCUGACAGCGUGCUGAAGACCUACACACCCUGAGGAGUCACAGCUGAAGACCUACACACCCUGAGUUACAAAAUCCCCCCACCUCCAUACAAAAACACACACACACACACACACACACACACACACACACACAC